GGUGCAUCGUGUCUACUGUUAUGUCUAGGUUAACCAACUAACCUUAAACCCUCGAAACCCUGGCAUUGGAGUACUCAGAGAGCGCUCCGCACACCCAAACCCACCAUCCUCCCGCCCCUCUUCGGUUUCACACUUGGUUUUCUGCAGAAAAAAUAAGAUGAAGAAUCUCAGGCUAUCGAAGCUGCUCUCUUCGAAGAUCCACCUACAAUCGCAAGAUGAAGUUUUACGGUUCGCUGCUUUCGACAUGGAGCGCAACCGCCUCUUCUUCUCUUCCUCCGCGAAUAUCUUGUACACUACUCAACUGCCUCCUCCUCAAGAUGCUGGAGCAUUCAGUUCGACAUCGAACCACUUCAUUGAUUUAGAACCUGGAGACUUCAUAACUUGCAUGGAAUAUCUUAUGGAGAAAGAAGCACUUGUUUUUGGAACAUCCUGUGGGCUUAUAUUGUUAUAUACUGUGGAUGAUAAUCUGACAGAAAUUGUUGGCCGAGUGGAGGGUGGUGUUAAGUGCAUCUCUCCUAGUCCAGAUGGAGAUCUGCUUGGCAUAAUUACUGGUUUUGGGCAAAUGCUGGUGAUGACACAUGAUUGGGAUGUGCUAUAUGAGAUGGGGAUUAAUGAUCUACAUGAAGAUAUUGACACAAAUGAACCAAGUUAUUCUUCAAAUUCUUUUGAAAGCACCAUAUCAUGGCGAGGUGAUGGGAAAUAUUUUGCCACCCUUAGCAUGGCAGAAGGCUCUCCUCAGUUGGAUAAGAAAAUUAAAGUUUGGGAACGAGAAUCAGGGAAGCAACAUUCAUUUUCUGAAUCAAAGGCUUUCAUGGGAACAUCUGUUGACUGGAUGCCCAGUGGAGCCAAAAUUGCUGCAGUUUGUGACAGAAAGGAAGAACAUAAGUGUCCAUCCAUUGUUUUCUUUGAGAGAAAUUGUUUAGAAAGGAGCUCAUUUAGUCUUAAUGAAGAAAUUGAUGUGACUGUAGAAAAUCUAAAAUGGAAUUCCAGUUCAGAUCUUCUAGCAGCAAUAGUAAGGAGUGAAAAGUAUGAUUCCCUCAGGAUAUGGUUCUUCAGCAACAACCAUUGGUACUUGAAGCAAGAAAUCAGAUAUGCCAAGGAGGAUGGUGUUAAAUUCAUGUGGGAUCCAACAAAGCCAAUGCAGUUGAUUUAUUGGACUGUUGGUGGGCAGAUCUCAACCUGCAGUUUUAACUGGGUUACAGCUGUCAUGGAAAAUUCUGUGGCACUUGUAGUUGAUGACUGCAAGAUUCUAGUAACACCCCUUUCUCUAUCUCUUAUUCCUCCCCCUAUGUAUUUGUUUAGUUUAAAAUUCCCCAGUGCAGUCCAGAAUAUGGCAUUCUGUACUAAGGGGUCCAAAAAUCACCUCGCUGCAUCUUUGUCUGAUGGCAGUCUCUGUAUUCUAGAGCUUUCAGAACUUAGUACAUGGGAGGAUCUAGAGGACAAAGAAUUUGAUGUAGAGGCAGCUUCUGUUGAUAUGAUAUGUGGUUCAUAUUUACAUCUCGUGUGGUUGGAUUCACAUAAGCUCCUAACUGUUUCCCAUUUAAGUCAUGAUCAAAGUAACCCCAAAACAAAAUUUCCUGUCAAGGAUGGGCUUGGUGCAUAUCACCUACAGGAAAUGGAGUUUGUAUGUUCUGAAGAUCAUAUUCCUGGUUCAGUAACAUGCUCUGGUUGGCAAGGGAUGAUUUCAAAUCAAAUUUCUCUGGAAGGUCCAGUCAUAGGUCUUGUGUCUGACACAGUAAAUAGUUUUUCAACAUAUAUUCAGUUUGAUGGUGGAAAAGUUGUUGAAUAUAUUUCAAAGUCAGUUGGGGCAAGAGUUCUUCAUAAACGGAAUGAUUUAAAUUUUCAAUCUUCUUGUCCGUGGAUGAAUCUUGCUCGUAUUGGUGGCCCUUUGCCACAUAAAAGUUUGCUCAUUGGUCUUGAUGAUAAUGGUCGACUACAUGUUGGUGAGAAAAUAGUAUGCAACAACUGCAGUAGCUUUUCUUUUUACUCUAAUUCUGCUGACCAAACCGUCACACAUUUGAUUCUCACAACAAAGCAGGAUCUACUGUUUAUUGUUGACAUUAAUGACAUUGAGCAAAAAGAUGUAGCAGCUGAAUAUGGGAACUUCCUACCCAUUUCCAGUAACAGAAGAGGAGAGGAUCAAAAGAUAUAUAUAAAUAUUUGGGAAAGAGGUGCCAAGAUUGCUGGUGUCUUGCAUGGAGAUGAGUCUGCUAUCAUACUACAAACAAAUAGAGGUAAUGUUGAAUGCAUCUAUCCCAGAAAACUGGUUCUUGCUUCGAUUAUGAACGCUUUACUCCAGCAACGUUUUAAAGAUGCAUUACUCAUGGUAAGACGACAUAGGAUAGAUUUUAAUUUUAUUGUUGAUGCAUGUGGGUGGCAAAGCUUUCUUCAGUCAGCUGGUGAGGUUAUCAAGCAGAUUAACAAUUUGAGCUAUAUAACUGAGUUUGUUUGCUCCAUAAAGAAUGAAAAUAUCAUUGAUACAUUAUACAAAAACUAUUUAUUUGUCCCUAGUUUAACAAAAGCUCAAGAUGUUGAAUCUGGAGAUGUCAAGGAUUAUGGUAGUAAAAACAAAGUCUCCUCUGUCCUCCUCGCUAUUCGGAUGGCUCUUGAGGAGCAUGUAGCUGAAAGUCCUGCAAGAGAACUUUGCAUUUUGACCACUCUAGCUCGAAGUGAUCCCCCAGCCCUUGAAGAAGCUCUAGAGAGGGUAAAGGUCCUCCGAGAAAUGGAGUUAUCAGAUUCAGAUGAUCCCAGGAGAACACACUAUCCUUCUGCUGAGGAAGCUUUGAAGCAUCUUUUAUGGUUAUCUGAUACUGAGGCUGUUUUUGAGUCAGCUUUAGGUCUUUAUGAUUUGAAUCUUGCUGCUAUGGUUGCCCUUAAUUCUCAAAAGGAUCCAAAAGAAUUUCUUCCAUAUCUUCAAGAAUUAGAAAGCAUGACAACUAUCUUAAUGCAGUAUAGUAUUGACCUUAAGCUGCAGAGGUAUGAGAAAGCACUUAAGCACAUUGUAUUGGCAGGAGAUUCUUAUUUUGAGGACUGUAUGAACCUGAUGAAGAAUAAGCCUCAACUUUUUUCCUUGGGACUUCAACUUAUCACUGACUCUACUAAAAGAAGGCAAGUCUUAGAGGCUUGGGGAGACCAUCUUAGUGCUAUAAAAUCUUUUGAGGAUGCUGCUACAACUUAUAUGAGCUGUUCUUGUUUGGAGAAAGCAUUAAAAGCUUAUCGUGCUUGUGGUAAUUGGUGUGGUGUUUUGACGGUAGCUGGUCUGAUCAAGCUUGGAAGUGAAGAAAUUUUGCAGUUGGCUCAGGAUCUCUGUGAGGAACUCCAGGCACUUGGAAAGCCAGGGGAUGCUGCAAAAAUUGCCCUGGAGUACUGUGGAGAUGUUAAUACUGGUGUUAGUUUAUUUGUGAGUGCAAGGGAAUGGGAGGAAGCUUUGAGGAUUGCUCUUCUGCACAGGAGAAAUGAUUUGGUCUUGGAAGUGAAAAAUUCAUCUGUAGAGUGUGCGAACACAUUGAUUUGUGAAUACAAUGAAGGAUUGGAGAAAGUAGGAAAGUACUUGACUCGGUAUCUAGCUGUAAGACAAAGAAGAUUGUUACUUGCUGCAAAGCUUAAGUCAGAUGAGACAUCUGUGAAUGAAUUUGAUUAUGAGACAGCUUCUGAAACUAGCAGCAAUUUCAGUGGAAUGAGUGCCUAUACCUUGGGGACAAGAAAGGGAUCAGCUACUUCUAUUAGCGCAAGUACUGCUACAAAGGGAAGAGGGUCGAGGUCUCAUCGGAAGAGUGGGAAAAUACGUGCUGGCAGUCCUGGGGAGGAAUUGGCUUUGGUGGAGCAUUUGAAGGGGAUGGGAUUGGCUACUGGAGCUAGACGCGAGCUCAAAUCACUCUUAAUUUGCCUAGUGAUGCUGCACGAAGAUGCCGUGGCAAGGAAACUGCAACAUGUUGCCAAAAAUUUCCAACUAUCACAAACAGCAGCCGUCAGAUUAGCUGAGGAUCUCAUGCCCACUGAUAAAAUUGACGAGCAAACAUAUAAUUUAGAACAGUACGUUCUGAGAGUCAGGGAGGAAAUACAGGAUUCAGAGGUGUUCUCUUGGCAGUUGAAAGUGUUGGUUUGAGAUUAUAGCGUAAACUAUAAUUUGAACUGAGAAGUUUAUUAGGGUUAUCUAUGUUUUGCUUCAUAAAUGCCCAUUAUCUGGAUAAUGAUAGGGGGGCAUUAGGAUGAAUCCAAUCUUAACUAUCAUAAGACUAGCUGUUGUAGUAUUAUAGGAGUGUAAGAGUUUGAGUUUGGUAUAUAUUAUUGUUGUUUAAAUUUUUU